CUGUCAAAUUACCCACAAUAAUGUAAGACCACUACUUCCUUUAACAAAAUAAAACAAAAUCACAACAGAUGAGAAUAAACAGAAAUAGUCAAAACAUUGAUUGUAGUCUAAAUUCAAAUCGUUAUUCAUACACAAUGUGUCUUUAAGGGUGUGUUAUAUUUUAAAUGUGGUCCACUUCUGAGAUCGAUUGAUAUGUCCAGAUUUUACGUUUUUUAUUCAAUUGUGUCUGUUUCCGCUUUUAUUUUUGAAAGGAUGGCCUCCCAUUGAUUUGCUUAGCUUGUUUAUUCAGCACCGUUGCAGAAAUCACAGAGAUCCGCCUCUGUGGCUCAGUCAGACCCUCAGCCGUAAAGAGGCCUGAAAGCCCCCAAAGUUUCAGCUUUUCCACUAAUGCCGUGAAGUUUCAAAAUGUGAUUAAUGUAGCGAUGACACGUCCCAAGUUGAUGCAACAGGUCCAGUCUCUUUAAACAUGCCGAGUCGGGCCUAUGAUAGAAAUCAUUCCGGGUCAAGCAUCCAUAAAAAGUCUCCAUAAGACUUAAAAGAGAAAUAAAAUAGAUAUAAUGAGCAUGGAACGUGUUAAGCAUACAUCCACCACAUUAUAAGAACACAAAUCCUCAAACCCAAUAGAAGACACUGUAUUCAUUUCUAUAGGACUUACGUUUAUACAUUUGAUCUUAUGCUGAUUUAUUACUCAUAUGUUAAGUAAACUUGCAUUAGGGAGCAAUCAACAACUGCAGAUAAAACAGGACAACAAUGCGCACUAGCAGUCACUUUUACGCACGCAUAUUCCUGUGCCAAAUAAAGAAGCAGAGCAGUGUGUGUGACAGCUGAAGGCCUGCAUGGAGAAACCCGAGACAGAAACUCUGAAAGACCCAAUCCCGGAAUUCCCACAGAGCCCUAAGCACUUCAGCAGACCACCACUCAGGCACAGGAAAACAAGAGGAACGGAGAGAGGACGCGGAAUAAUAUGUGGGAUAUUAUCUUAUCAUGGUGGCAUUUUGCGCAAAAGGAGGCGCGCUAUUGACGUUGCUCUGUUUGACCUUAGCUUUAGGGACAGACGCGCAAUAUGAAAACUACAAUUUCAAAAAGUUCCCCAGGGAGGAGCUCAUGCCCCUUACCACUGCGUAUGGAUUGGCUUUGGAUCAUUACGCAGCAGAAAAGUGGACGGAGUCGAUCAAAUACUUGGAAUUGAGUUUGCGUUUGCACCGGCUCCUCAGAGACAGUGUGAGGUACUGCGUGCUGCACUGUAAUAACAGCAAAUAUGAAGAACCGUCCUUCACAGGAAACAGGGACCUCAGCGUCAACUGGCACGUGAUGAUGAGAGCGUCUUGUCAGAAGAAGUGCAGAGCGCAUUUCCCCGCGCUGCAGCUGCUUCCUCCAGGCAGAAACAUUCUGGAGGAGUUCAGCAGGAGAUCUCCCUACAGAUACCUGCACUUUGCAUACUCGAGGCUGAAUGACUUGCAGAGGGCCGUCCCAUGUGCCUACACCUACCUCCAGAAGAACCCUGAGGACCAGGAGGUGCAGCAGCUGAUGGAGGAGCACAAGAGCCAGUACGACUUGAAGGGCUACCUCUUUGACCAUGAGGAACAACCCUAUGAGGCCUCCUUUCUGAGAGGAGUGAAACUCAUAAAUUCAGAUGACUACAGCAGCGGUGUUAUAGACAUGGAGGAAGCUCUGAGGUUCUACCUCCAGGAGUUUGAGCUCUGUCAGGCAGAAUGUGAAGGGAUCAGUCAACUUUCACCAGAUAGGGACUUCUAUGCAGUCAUAGCAGAUGAAUAUGUUGAUGUAUUACGCUGUAAGCUGAAGUGCGAAGAGAACCUGAUGCCUAAUGUCGGAGGUUAUUUUGUGGAGAAAUUUGUGGCCACUAUGUACCACUACCUCCAGUAUGCCUAUUAUAAAUUGAACGAUGGCCGCAGUGCGCUGCCCUGCGCGUACAGCUACUUCCUGUUUGAGCCUGAGGACCAGGUGAUGAAGCAGAACCUGCAGUACUAUGGCGCCUACAGUGAGCAGUGGGGCCUGCAAGACAAACACUUCACACCCAGGAUGGAGGCUCUGAAACUCUUCAACCACACUGUCACCCAGAAGCAGAUGCUGACCUCUGCACAGAAGUACCAAGAGAUGGAUGAUGAGGAUUUUCUUGGAGCAGAGGAAGCAGCACUUUUGGCCUCAGAGUCUCCGGAUGCAGAGUUUGAAGGAAUGGGAGACUACGAGGAGUGUUUCACCGCUGACUGGAGGCAGCCCAAAGGCAAAGGAGACGCUGGAGAGAGCUGAGAGUUAGGAAUUCACCUGAAACAGUAUGCCUAAAACAUGUCAGAGAUCACCAGAAGAAAAAGAAGGACCGGUUUUCAGCAUUUCAGUUUCGUGUCAACAUCUGUUCUCAGAGUUUGUUUGAAUUAUUCUCCUUUGUAUCUAUUUAUCUGUUUUUUUAAGAAAUAAAAUAAAGUC